AUGUGGGCGCUCCGCUGUCGGUCGGGCAUGCGGGCCCUGGUGCACCGGCACAACCGCCGUCAUGAUGCGCCUGGCCUCCGGUGCUUGCCAAACGCCGUUCCUGUCUCGGACCGGCGAGCACGCUGCCACAGACAGGCGUGCAACCGCCACCGCAGGCCAAGCCCGGGCACCAGGUCUCCACAACGGCCAUUGCCAUGGAGAGGCCACAGUGCCACUGAUUCGUCCAUCUCCAUGUUUGUUGCAGAUGUUGAAGACCACCGACCGUGUGAUAGGAGAACGAAGACUUGA